AUGGCAGCAUUAUUCACGAUCCAAGAACUCAAGGACAAAUAUGAUUAUCAAGCUCAAUCAGAACUUAUCAAAACUUUUUUAUCAAAAACUAAAGGAAAACCAAUCUUACAAAAUACUUUUGAAGAUGACGAAGAAGAAGUAGAUGAUCUUGAAGAUGAUCUUGGACAAAUGGACCUUGAUAAUGGAACAAAUCUACCUAGACGUAAAGGUUUACGUUAUAUGGAUCAAAUGCAAUUGAUUUCAGACCGACUUCAAAGUAAAUUCGUAGUAGAUCUAGAAGAUCUUAAACGAUCAACUGAAACCGAUGAUCGUAUCUUGCUUGAAAAUAUCAUUUCCAAUACAAUGAGAUACCAUCAAUUGUUUUGUGAAGCAAUUGAUCAACUCUUACCUGAACCUACUGAUCUUGAAGCUUUAAAAGAAAGAUAUGAUGUGUUAGAUGUAAUUUCUCAUCAAAGGAGAGAAAACAAUAUUGCACUUCAACUUGAUCCUGAACAUGGUUUUCCAGAAUCACUUAUGAGACGAUAUAAUCUAUAUUUUAGAUUACCUCGUUCAACCAACACAUUAGCAGUUAGACAAGUUAAAGCCAUUCAUCUAGGAAAACUAAUUUGUGUACGAGGAAUUGUAACCCGAGUAUCCGAAGUGAAGCCAUUACUUACAGUAGUAGGUUAUACAUGUGAUGCUUGUGGUUAUGAAGUCUUUAAAGAUACCUCAGGACGAAAUCAUAAUCCUGCUACUGAUUGUCCAGGGGACCAAUGUAUCAAUAACUCAACUAAAGGUACUUUGAUUAUGCAAACUCGAUCAUCUAAAUUUGAACCAUUUCAAGAAGUCAAGAUUCAAGAAAUGGCAGAUCAAGUUCCCGUUGGCCACAUUCCUCGAUCUAUGACAUUGCAUGUUACUGGUACAUUAGUACGAACGGCUACACCAGGAGAUGUGAUCAGUGUCUCUGGAAUCUUUGUACCUACACCUUACCAAGGAUUUCGAGGAAUCAAAGCAGGACUAUUAACCGACACAUUUCUAGACUGUCAUCAUAUUUCGCAACUCAGAAAAUCAUACGAAUCACUAGAAAUGACCCCCGCAGUAAUGGAAGAAAUCAAUGAAUUAAGAUUAGAUGAAUCUACAAUUUAUAGUAGAUUAGCCAAUUCGAUUGCUCCUGAAAUCUUUGGACAUCAUGAUAUUAAAAAAAUCUUAUUACUCUUAUUAAUUGGUGGGGUUUCUAAACAAGUCGGUGAUGGAAUGAAGAUUAGAGGUGAUAUCAAUGUUUGUUUGAUGGGUGAUCCUGGGGUGGCUAAAUCUCAAUUAUUGAAAUAUAUCAGUAAAGUCGCUCCUAGAGGUGUUUAUACUACUGGUCGUGGUUCUUCGGGCGUUGGUCUGACGGCUGCUGUCAUGAGAGAUCCGGUGACGGACGAGAUGGUCUUGGAGGGUGGAGCUUUGGUGUUAGCCGAUAAUGGAAUCUGUUGCAUUGAUGAAUUUGACAAGAUGGACGAAUCUGAUCGAACAGCGAUUCAUGAAGUGAUGGAACAACAAACGAUUUCGAUUUCGAAAGCAGGUAUCACCACCACCUUAAAUGCAAGAGCCUCAAUCUUAGCAGCAGCCAAUCCACUCUAUGGUCGAUACAAUUCAAAAAUCAGUCCAGUAGAUAAUAUCAAUUUACCAGCUGCAUUACUCAGUAGAUUUGAUAUUAUGUUUUUGAUAUUAGAUAAACCUAAACGAGAAGAUGAUGAACGAUUAGCACAGCAUGUGACUUAUGUGCAUAUGCAUUCUUCUCAUCCUGUUAUAGAUCCAGCACCUGUUUCACCACAACUCUUGAGACACUUUAUUGCAAUGGUUCGAAAACGUAGACCGACUGUACCUAAAGAAGUUUCAGAAUAUAUCGUUUCUGCUUAUGUAGAUUUAAGAAAACAUCAUCAAAAAGAAGAACAAAGUGGAAGAUCAUUUACAUAUACCUCAGCAAGAACUCUAUUAAGUGUGAUCCGACUUGCACAAGCUUUGGCAAGAUUGAGAGGAGCAGAAUUGGUCGAGAGAGAAGAUGUCGAUGAAGGAUUAAGGUUAAUGGAAGUUUCAAAAGCUAGUCUGGAUGAUGAAGAUGAUGAAUAUGAAACAGGGAUGAAAAAGGAUGUGACGGAUAUCAGUAAGAUUUAUAGGAUCAUCAGAGAUAUGGCUACGUCUGGGGCCGGAAGGAAAGAGAAAGCUCCCCGUAGGAUGGGUGGUAGGAUUGGUAGAUCUAGGAGAGGUCAGGUUGAUGACGAUGACGAUGACGAUGAUGACGAUCAAGGUGGAUUUAAACCGAUUCAAAGUAUGAGAGAGAUUAGAGAAAGAAUCUUCGCUAAAGGGUAUACUGAAGAGAAAUUAAUGGCUUGUAUUGAAGAAUAUGAAGGUCUUGAUGUUUGGGCUCGUGAAAGGAAUGACACUGAAUUGAGGUUUUUAGAUAAUGGAGAUGAUUGA